AUGGCGUCCAUCUCCCCGGAGACCAUAGGCGGGGACGUCAAUCUGUCCAAGAUUCCGGUGGAGGAGGUGUUCAAGACGCUGAAAUGCGACCGCAAGGGUCUGUCCAGCACGGAGGGCGAGAACCGGCUCAGGACAUUCGGACCCAACAAGCUGGAGGAGAAGAAGGAGAACAACCUGCUCAAGUUCCUGGGCUUCAUGUGGAACCCGCUCUCGUGGGUCAUGGAGAUGGCGGCCAUCAUGGCCAUCGCGCUCGCCAACGGCGGCGGCAGGCCGCCUGACUGGCAGGACUUCGUCGGGAUCGUCUCGCUGCUCUUUAUCAACUCCACCAUCAGCUACAUCGAGGAGGCCAACGCCGGGAACGCCGCCGCGGCGCUCAUGGCCGGGCUGGCGCCCAAGACCAAGCUGCUGAGGGACGGCAGUUGGGAGGAGCAGGACGCGUCGAUCCUCGUGCCCGGUGACAUCAUCAGCAUCAAGCUCGGCGACAUCAUCCCCGCCGACGCGAGGCUGCUCAAGGGCGACCCGCUCAAGAUCGACCAGUCGGCGCUCACCGGCGAGUCGCUCCCUGUGAACAAGCACCCUGGGCAGGAGGUGUUCUCAGGCUCCACGGUGAAGCAGGGAGAGAUAGAGGCCGUCGUCAUCGCCACCGGCGUGCGCACCUUCUUCGGCAAGGCGGCGCACCUCGUCGACAGCACCAACAACGUCGGCCACUUCCAGCAGGUGCUCACGGCCAUCGGCAACUUCUGCAUCAUCUCCAUCGCCGCCGGCAUGCUGGUCGAGAUCGUCGUCAUGUACCCGAUCCAGCACCGCGCCUACCGCGAUGGCAUCGACAACCUCCUCGUGCUGCUCAUCGGCGGCAUCCCCAUAGCCAUGCCCACCGUGCUCUCGGUCACCAUGGCCAUCGGCUCCCACCGCCUGUCACAGCAGGGGGCCAUCACCAAGCGCAUGACGGCCAUCGAGGAGAUGGCCGGCAUGGACAUGCUCUGCAGCGACAAGACCGGCACCCUCACCCUCAACAAGCUCACCGUCGACAAGUCCCUCAUCGAGGUGUAUUCCAAGGGCGUCGACAAGGACAUGGUGCUCCUCUACGCCGCGAGGGCCUCCCGCGUCGAGAACCAGGACGCCAUCGACACCUGUAUCGUAAACAUGCUCGCCGACCCCAAAGAGGCCCGCGCUGGCAUCCAGGAAGUCCACUUCCUCCCCUUUAACCCGGUCGAGAAGCGCACGGCCAUCACCUACAUCGACGGCAAUGGCGACUGGCACAGGGUCAGCAAGGGUGCUCCCGAGCAGAUCAUCGAGCUCUGCAACAUGGGCGCCGAGGCCGAGAAGAAGGUCCAUGCCUUGAUCGACGGGUACGCCGACCGCGGCCUCCGGUCGCUCGGCGUGUCUUACCAGCAGCGCAUGAAGAACUACACCAUCUACGCCGUGUCCAUCACCAUCCGCAUCGUGCUGGGCUUCCUCCUCAUCGCGCUCAUCUGGAAGUUCGACUUCGCGCCCUUCAUGGUGCUCAUCAUCGCCAUCCUCAACGACGGCACCAUCAUGACCAUCUCCAAGGACCGCGUGAAGCCGUCGCCCACCCCUGACUCGUGGAAGCUCGACGAGAUCUUCGCCACCGGCAUCGUGCUCGGCACCUACAUGGCCAUCGUCACCGCCGUCUUCUUCUACCUCGCCCACGACACCGACUUCUUCACGGACGUGUUCGGCGUGAUGUCGAUCAAGGAGAACGACAGGGAGCUGAUGGCGGCGCUGUACCUCCAAGUGAGCAUCAUCAGCCAGGCGCUCAUCUUCGUGACGCGGUCCCGGAGCUGGUCCUUCGUGGAGCGGCCGGGCUUCCUCCUGCUCUUCGCCUUCUUCGCCGCCCAGCUGGUGGCGACGUGCAUCGCGGUGUACGCCAACUGGGACUUCUGCCGCAUGCAGGGGAUCGGCUGGGCGUGGGGCGGCGCCAUCUGGAUCUUCAGCGUCGUCACCUACAUCCCGCUCGACGUGCUCAAGUUCAUGAUCCGCGCCGCGCUCAGAGGCAAGGCCACGGGCAACAACGUCCAGAACAAGGCAAGCUUGGCCACUCUCACUCAAACUGCUCCACUGUUGUCGUCGUCUACUCUGCCUUGA